GUGAUAUUCGUAUCGUAGUUAUUUGCUCUGUCUCAGGAUUUAAGCAAUGGCAUCUUUGAAAACUUUGGUUCCGGUUUUGGUCUUGGCUUUUGUAUUGUUUAGCUUUUGUGAAGCGAAGGAUAUUCUCGUUGGAGGCAGUGAAAAUGCAUGGAAAAUCCCAAAUAACUCGUCGGAUUCUCUGAAUCAGUGGGCUCGGAAAUAUCGUUUUAGAGUUGGCGAUUUUCUCAUUUUGAAGUACGAUAGCAAGGUUGAUUCAGUGCUUCAAGUGACAAAGGAGAACUAUGAAAGCUGCAAUACAUCCAAACCAAUCAACGAAUACAAAGACGGUAACACCAAGGUCGAGCUGGACGAAUCAGGCCCAUUCUACUUCAUCAGUGGAGCUGAUGGUCACUGUCAGAAGGGACAGAAGCUUCAAGUUGUUGUCAUGUCUGAAAAACAUUAUGACCAUGAUAAUCCCCCUGUUGAGCCUCCAACACCAGCAGCUGCUCCGGUACCUUCUAAAUCUAGCACCAGCCAGGCACAAGCAAAGAAGGGUGGCUGCUCCUUGGCUUCAGCCUCUCUGCUAGGGGUUGCUUUUACUUUUGUUUGA